CCGGGACCCCUGUAGAAAGCGGCAUUACAUCAUCUGCUGAAUAUUGAAUUUUGUACGCAAUCCACUUCGGCCCAUUAAGCUUCAAGUUGCGAUUUGAGGAUAUUGCCACCAAUCCACGACAAUAUUGAUCGUUUCUCUUGCCUCCAACAAGAUGCAAACCCUGCCGCGGCGCGUCACAUCGCGACAACCAAUCCUAUACAUCUGUCGCUCGCGCAUACGGGCAUCCAAUCCGCCCCGACGACGAUUCACCACCACCCGGCCCCGAUACGCCGCCUCUCCACCGGCUCCCCCGUCCGCCGGGUACGCUGCCCUCUCCUCUCGACGCCUUAUCUCCAUCGCUGGCGUCGAUGCGCCCAGAUUUCUACAGGGCAUCAUCACCUCCAACAUUCUUGCCCUCAAGCCCAACCCGGAAAACAACAAGGGCUUCUACACCGGCAUACUCAACGCCUCGGGUCGCGUCCUUCACGAUGUUUUUAUAUAUGCUAGCACUUUGGACGUCGGCAUCGCCGACCCGAUGCUGCAGCCGGGCGAGGCCUUCAUAAUCGAUGUGGACGAGGGGCAGGCGGGGAAUUUAAUGCAGCUGAUUAAGCGGUAUAAGCUGCGGAGUAAGUUCAAGUUUCGUAUCCUGGACCCGGGCGAAUGUGCGCUGUGGCAGGUCUGGGACGACGCAUCAAGUGAGAGUGGCACCGGUCAGAGACCACCUUUCUCAACAGCGGAUAAGAGCAUUGUACUCCCAGACACAAGAGCGCCCGGCCUGGGAUACCGCAUCCUUACCACGCAAAACGCAGCCCCCGCGGCAGACCUCGACCCAAGCGAUGAGAAAGCCUACCAAAUCCGGCGGUACCUGCGCGGCGUGGCCGAGGGCCAGGACGAAAUCCGGCGUGAGCAACAGUUGCCGCUUGAGGCCAACAUGGAUCUUAUGGGCGGCAUCGACUUCCGGAAGGGCUGCUACGUGGGGCAGGAGUUGACGAUCCGCACCAAGCACCGCGGUGUGGUAAGGAAGCGCAUUCUGCCCGUGGUGCUGUACGGCGAGGGACAGCCCGUGCCGUCGCGGUUGGAGUACGACUCGGACGCGUCGCCUGUGCCGGCCGAGACGGUGCCCGGGCAGAUUAAGAUUGGAGUCGAUGGAAAGAAGGGGCGGUUGGCGAGUACUUGGGUGGCAGGCGUGGGAAAUGUUGGGUUGGCCGUUUGUCGGUUGCAGGUCAUGACCGACUUGGAGUUGCCAGGAGAGACGAGGGAGACGCCUUUUGAUCGUGAGAGGGAAUCUUCGAUGGAAUGGGGGGUUAAUGAGGAGGAGGGCGCGCAGAAGGUCAAGGUGAAGGCUUUUGUGCCGGAUUGGGUGAGGCAUAGGCUGGAUGAGACGUGGAGGGAUCCUAAGCAACGAUAUGGUUGAUGUAUAUGACUAAGCAUGUAUAGUAGCUUGAAAUAUUCCCCGCUUAAUAUGAGAAAGGCGGAAUGUAUAUAAACUUGGUGUGAAGACUAGACUUUACGAUAUGUGUCCUCAAUGUACGAUGAAUCCACUUUGA